AUGUCCAAAUUAACUUCCCUUCUUUUCAUCUUUAUGACCAUUGCUAUUGCUGUUUAUAUGGCACCGAGAUCACUCUUCUUCAAGGACCGAUUUGAAAAGUUUAGAUCGGCUGAUCAUGUCAAGAAAUUUCAAGAGUUUGAUUUCAUCAUUGUAGGAGCUGGAAGUGCAGGAAGUGUGCUAGGUCAUCGAUUAUCUCAACAUCCUAAUAAUUAUUCCGUGCUCAUUCUCGAAGCAGGAUCAUCGAAUAAUUAUCCACUCGCCAUUCACUUCCCAUUGGGAUUUCCCAAAUUGACCAUGAACACUACUCUCGAUUGGGGUUUUGAAACUACUCCCAAUGCUCAACUCAGAAAUCGAACCAUUUACAUGCCUCGAGGACGUGUUGUUGGAGGUUGUUCGAGUGUGAAUGCCAAUCUCUAUAUUCGUGGACAUCCAUUGGAUUAUGACGAAUGGAAUGAAUUAGUGAGAGAGAACAAUUCCUCAACGGAUUGGUCCUAUCGUGACAUGUUGCACUAUUUCAAAAAGAAUGAAAGAAUUCUCAAUGAAAAUGCAAACAUGAAUUAUCAUGGAAGAGAGGGUCGAUUAAAAGUAAAACCUGUGAAACCCAUAUUGGAUGCAGCUCGUCAAACAUUGGGAUUCAAUUUAACACAUGCCGUGAUUGAAACAUUGAGUAAAUCCAUGAAUAUUCCUGAACGAGAAGAUCCUAAUGCACUCACUCCUGAAGAAGAAGAAUUAUUAAAAAAGGGAGAAGGUCAUAAAAUUUUAGAAAGCAUCUCUUUUCAUCAUCAUACAGUGGAUGAACAUGGAAGAAGACAUUCUAUGGCUGAGGCCUAUUUAGAUGAAGAAACCUUGUCGAGAGGAAAUGUUCAUGUGAGAACGAAUAGUUUGGUGAAAAAGAUAUUAUUCCAGAGACUUGAGAAUGAAAUGGUCGCCCAUGGAGUUGAAUAUUUGGAUGAAAUGACAGGUGAGGAAGUGCGUGUGAGUGCGAGAAAGGAAGUCAUUGUGAGUGCUGGAGCUAUUGGAUCCCCUCAGUUACUGACUGUUUCUGGAAUUGCUGACAAGGAUCUCUUGAAACAAUUAGACAUUCCAGUCGUGAGUCAUGUUCCAGGAGUGGGUCAAAACUUGCAAGAUCACAAUCUUGCUGCUGUCAUUGCCAAACUCAAAAAAGGUUUCAAAUCUCUUCACUCGUUUGAAAGUAUUCUCAAUUUACUGCAAUACUUUGCAGGAUCUUCAUUUGAAUUUUUAAAAUCCGAAUGGGCUCAACAACUCUUCCCAUAUGCAGCACCUGAGAGUUGGCGAUUGUUCACAGUGGCUGCUCCUCAUAUUCAAGGAUAUUUACGUUCGAGUUAUGCCAAACAAAAUAAUGAACCUUUUGAUUUACAAGUUGUGGCAGUUCCUGGAUUCUUUGUCCAUCAUGCCUCCAUUGAUUAUCCUGGAGAGAAUGGUGUGAGUGUGGGAAUUGUUGGAUUGAAACCAAAAGCUCGUGGUCAUGUUCAAGUCAUCUCCAAAGAUAUUAAGGUUCCUCCACUCAUUCAUGGAAAUUAUUUAGGUCAUGAACAUGAUGUCAACGUGCUGGUUGAGGGUGUUCGUGAAUUACAAAAAGCAUUCAAGACUGAGCCUUUGAGCCAAAUGAUUGAGAGUUAUAUUUUCUGUAAUCCUGAUGAAUUCACAACACCAGAACAAGUGAAGGAGUGUAUUACGAGCAUGUUCACUACAUUAUAUCAUCCCACAUCGACCUGUAAGAUGGGACGAAGUGAUGAUCCACAAGCAGUGGUGGAUUCUCGUCUACGGGUUCGUGGUGUGAAGAGAUUGAGAGUGGUCGAUGCCAGUAUUAUGCCUAGCGUCGUGAGAGGUAAUACCAAUGCACCAGUGGCUGCAAUUGCUGAGAAAGCAGCGGAUAUGAUUCUAGCUGAUCAUCAAUGA